AUGUUCUCCAAUUUGAAAAUAUUGGAUCUUUCUGUGAACCGGUUGAGUGGAAAGAUACCUGAUAGUAGCAAAUUUGCACCUCAGUUGGAGUCUCUAUCACUUGAAUCAAACUCAUUGGAAGGUGGAGUUCCAAAAUCAUUGGGGAGCACAUGUACUUUACGUUCGUUGCACCUUUCAAAUAACAGUUUCAAUGAAGAGCUUCCACUGAUAAUGCAAAACUUGUCAGGAUGUGCUAGAUUCUCACUGCAAGAGUUAGAACUGAGAAUGAAUCAAAUCAAGGGUACACUUCCUGAUUUCUCAUUAUUCUCUUCUUUAAAAACUUUAUCUCUUGAUGAAAACAGGCUAAAUGGUAAGAUUCCCAAAGAUAUUCGAUUUCCUACUCAGCUGGAGACUCUCAAAAUGAAUUUGAACUCUUUGGGAGGUGUGAUCAGUGACUUUCAUUUUGCUAAUAUGUCAAAGUUGCAGUUGUUAGAUCUAUCAGACAACUCAUUGGCUUUAGAAUUUAGCCAAAACUGGACCCCGUCCUUUCAAUUGGGUUAUAUACGGUUGAGAUCUUGCAAAUUCUGUUCCAGAAUGUUUUGGAGUAAAGUUGCAAUACAAGGAAUGACAAAAAUGAAUAUUUCAUUGAAUAACAUCAAAGGUACAAUUCCAAAUUUUCCCUUGGAGGUUACUCCUCAUUUUGUAGUCCUUGCAUCCAAUCAGUUUGAAGGCCCUGUUCCACCAUUUCUUAGGGGAUCAGCAUUUCUUGAUCUAUCUCAAAAUAAAUUUUCUGACUUUUCUUCUUUUCUUUGUGCAAAUGGCACAGUUGAAGCUUUAGGCCAGCUUGACCUUUCAAAUAGCCAAUUAUCUGGACAAAUUCCAGAUUGCUGGAACCAUUUCAAAUCAUUGGCGUAUUUAGAUUUGAGUCACAACAAUUUUUCAGGAAUGCUUCCUACUUCAAUGGGAUCACUUGUUGAACUUCAAGCAUUACUACUAAGAAACAAUAGCUUAACCAAGGAGAUUUCCUUCUCCCUAAGAAUUGCAUAA